AUGGCGCUAUUAACCGAUCUGCCCGUAGAGGUUCAUCAUCGAAUCCUGUCCUCGCUGCAUUCUCAUCGCGAUGUUGCAGCACUCUCUAUACAAUGUCGCUCACUGCACGCCAUUUGUGACAUGCCGAUGCGCAAGAAAUACCGGCGAUUGUGCAUCGACAGCAAUGACAGCAGCUUGAAUGAAGCCUUUUCGCUGCUCAUGGGAAUCCUCAAACGGCCCACUUUAGGCCGGUAUGUGCGGCAUAUUGAAUGUAUCAAAGGUCCUCCGUGUUUCGAUGAUUACACCGAGAGAACAAAAUCGCUACGAGACCUCAGCGACAAGGACACGCAGCUGCUUCGCAACGCAAUCUGUCAAGCAGGGUUCACAGGUUCCGAAACAGGUCGGAUUCUCAACAUGGUUAUGCAAACAGAAGCUGGCGAGGAAAGGCCAUGGCCUCCAUACUUUCCUACGAAGAGCCGAAUGGCCUACAUCUCACAAGCUUUGACGGCACUGCUUAUCUCCGUUUCGCCAGAUUUAGAGGCUUUAGCAACACCCCCGCCGUUUUUCAACUACACUGGCUUCUACUGGCCCGAACAAAGCCAUGAUUUCGAAACAGUCAAAUUCCCACUGGAGAGGCUGCUUCGCCAGGUUAAUUCCGCGCCAGAUGAGAUGCCAUUCUUGCAGAAUCUGCGAAAUUUCUAUGUCAUUAACAAUGGUGACGACACCUUCGACGAGGACCGGUUUUACAUGCCCAUGGACUUUAUGGGAGCGAUGCACCUGGUCCAUCGCUUACCGUCCAUGGAGAUGAUUGGUACGGACAUUUUGGAAGAAGACGAGAACGGGGCGCCGAGGCUGGAGCCCAGAUCAUCGAACAUUAGUCGGAUCGCCAUUCACCAUUCGGCGCUAGAUAUAUUUUACCUCGCCAAUGUCAUAUCUUCAUGCAAGGUCCUGAGGGAGCUCCAGUAUUCCAUCGGGGGCAGGGCAAUCUCGGACGGAAGUACCCAGAGACUCAAUCCCAAGACAUUGUUCUUCGCCAUCUUGCCGUACAGAGAGACCCUGGAAAUAUUGGAUGUGGAUGCGGAGUAUUAUAUUGGUGAAUUCAGCCCCGAGACUGUGGACGCUGAGGAAUUAGAUGAAUUGUUUGAGCAAAGUGGUGGCCGACGCGAUGCCGACCAUGUAUGGACAGGGACGCCGUCGGAAUCCUUAUGGGGGCAGAGCGGAUCACUGCGGGAGUUUCACGCAUUGAAGCGAUUGAGUGUCGGUGUAAACACUCUGAUGUACUAUGCUCAGGGUGUCAACCUAGCGAAGAGACCGUGUUUUAACCUGGUUGAUGGCUUACCGCCGAAUUUGGAGUCUCUACUCAUUCGGGGGUAUCAGAAGGGUGACUGCGAUAUGCAUGACGCUCAGAUUGAUUCGCUGGUCGCAUGGAUAGCUAGUGGCUCAUCCCGUCUCACAGAGGUCCAGGGCAUUACGGAGUGUAUCCCGCAUGCGGAGGAUGUGGACGAUCCUGAUGAUGACGAGGCUCCAUUGUGGGCACGAACGACAUGGUUUUCGUGA